AGGAAGUGCAAUAUUGCAAUAUACCCACUCACACGUUGUCAACAAUUUAGGCAGCCUCAUGCAAGGAAUAAUGAGAUCAUUCACAAGCCGUCAAGCUACAGACAUGGACCGGUUGUUUGUUUGGUUUUCUCUCCUGCUCACCUACCUGCCAGUAAUAGAGAGCUGCAUAUCACAGCACGACGAGGUGAUCUGGCAGAAAACAGGACAAAAUGCUGUUCUCCAUUGCACCCUCAGUUCACAGUGUUUGGCCGAAGACGUGCGUUAUGAGUGGUUUUCUUUCAAAGAAAACUUCCAUAUUCGUCUGAACCUGCUUGACAAUCCUCUCAAGUACAGUCUGAACGGAGCAUCUUUACACAUCAGUUCAGUACAUGACAAUGACAGCGGGAUCUACUACUGUGCUGCAUCGCAUGGAGGACAUGCAUCCGGCACAGAGCAUGUUGGGUCGGGUACAACUCUUGUAGUGAGGGAUCAAGAUAAAAUAGUGGUGAGGAACACUGUUCUUUGGCUAUCAUUUGUCCUCCUGGCCAUCUACAGCUUGGUAGUGACAUUUAUUCUGAAGAAGUACGGCUGCAAUAUGAGCAUCAGUAAGAGGAUGCGAAAAACUGGAAAGCUUUCCGAACAGAAUAACCCAACAAAAAAAAUGCAAUUCCAUGAAGUGCUGCAAGAAAUGUACAACAGAAGGAACUUGGAGAGAGGCAAACAAACUGUGAGCAGAAACCAUUCUCAAACUGAGGCUGCAAGCACUGAGGUCAACAGCCCAACUGAUGACAUCUAUCAAAAUGUGUAAAUGACAGUCAAGGAUAUUACAUGACAGAUUCAGACCUCCAUCGUCCUGACUGAGAGGAAAUUCCAAAGCCACGAAACACCCGAUGGACCCCGUCGUUAUGUGACAGAGGAAAUGAGCAAAUCUACCAGCUGCAUGUUAGCUGUGUGCUUCCUCACCUUUUCUCAUGAUGCGAGACUAACAACCAUAACAAAAGGUCCUGAAUCACUGUUUCUUUUUCCUCCAGUUCUUCGGUUUCAGCAGAGAUAGAUACUCACUUAUGGUAUUUGUAGUUCUAUCUACAUUUUGUUGAUUGUAAUAAAUAUUAGAGCAACUUCAUUCUUUUCAAAACCAGGGCAGUGUUCAGAAAUGUAGCUGAGUCACAUGAUUUUAAUUCUUCAAUUUUAUUUCUUCCAUAUAUUUAGAAUCAUUUGGGCAUUGUGCUUUCAGGAACAGAGUAAAAAGUAGCACACGAAAUGUACAUUUUCAGGACACAGAUCACGUUGUUCACUAAAGAAAGUGAUAAUAAAGCUGGUAGAAGAAUGUGCCAACUCUUGAGAUGAUUUAAGGUAAUAUUUUGAUAUUGACCAACACUUUCUCAACACAAGGAAAUCACAAACAUGUAAAAAAAAAAAAAAAAAAAAAAAGAUACAGUAAAAAGAUCUGUACACUGACUUCCAGAAAUAUCUGUUCACUGCAAACACCCACACAGAGAAAAUAUUAGAAUUUACUUCUACGUUACCUAUAAAGUCAAAGUGGAUGUUUACAUGUCUGUGCAUUUUCUUACACACUGAAAGCUUGAUAUGAACUAAGCAGAGUCAUCUUCUGCCUCUUCUCCGUCAUUACUCUCUACUGUAAACCUCAAAUAAGGAAAAUCCAUUAAGCUUAAAUGGUGUGAACCACAUUUUGACUCAAAACAUUUAAGCUCUAAUGUUAAGUACUGGUUAUAAUUUACAGUGAGGCCCCACAGAUGGAUUAAUGCACUCUGGAGCACGGCUGGAAUUAAAGCUGCAAUUUGUAAUUUUGCCCAUGUUUACAGCAAAGAUGACGGUAUUUUACUGCACUGCAGUCACCUAUUCGUAAUGUCUGACGCAAUAUAUAUUUGUAGUCUUUGUUUUGUUGUUUGGUAAAAUGUGUUUUGUAUGUGAAACAGUGUACCUCUUGGAGACACAUUUCAGAAAAAAACACAUUCUGAUAAUAAAAGGGGAAUCUAAUCAAA